AUGAACAUCCCCCGCGCGAGGACGCCUCAUGAAGCAAAGAUGCUGACCAAGCAAGCCGAGCAAGAAGCUGCGCAACAGGCGCAAGCGAAGGAAGAAAUCGCUAAAGAGCAAGAAGAGAUCUCGAAAGAAAUGGAGAAGCAUGGUGACGAAAUCGCUGCAGAGACUCCAGCCUAG